CGUGGUGUGGCAGGGAUGAGGAGCCGGCAGCGGAUGUUUGCAGCGGUGAUGCGCCUGCUCCUCAAGUGCCUGCGGCUGGGCCGGCGGCGACGGUUUAAGCUGGUGCGGCAGGCGGAGCAGCUGUGGCACUACGGGCACCUCUGCCUCCGCUCCCUGCUCUACAACUCCUUCACCAACAGCGACGUGGUCCUCGACUCCCUCUUCGAGCCCGUGUACUGGCUGGUGGACCACGUCACCCGGUGGUUUGGUGUGGUGUUUGUGGCACUGGUGAUCGGGCUGACAAGCUCCAUCGUGGCCAUCGUUUACAUCUGCCUGCUGCCCCUCAUCCUGCAGACCUACACACCUGCCUGGAUCUGCUGGCACCUCGCCUAUGGACACUGGAACCUCAUCAUGAUUGUCUUCCACUACUACAUGGCCAUCACCACCUCACCUGGGCACCCACCACAGGCCAAGGACGAUCUCACCGGCGUCUCCAUCUGCAGGAAAUGCAUUGCCCCCAAGCCGGCUCGCACACACCACUGCAGCAUCUGCAACAGGUGUGUGCUGAAGAUGGACCACCACUGCCCCUGGCUAAACAACUGUGUGGGACACUACAACCACCGCUACUUCUUCUCUUUUUGCCUGUUCAUGACCAUGGGCUGCAUCUACUGCAGCAUCAGCGGCUGGGAGAUGUUCCGGGACGCCUACGCAGCCAUCGAGAGAAUGAAACUGCUUGAGAAGGAGAGACUGCAGGUGGCUGCCAACCAGACGUACUACCAGACCCCGCCACCCACCUUCUCCUUCCGCCAGCGAGCUUUCCACAAGAGCAUGGUCUACCUCUGGGUCCUCUGCAGCUCAGUUGCGUUGGCCUUGGGUGCCCUCACGCUGUGGCACGCUGCCCUCAUCACCCGUGGGGAAACCAGUAUUGAGCGGCACAUCAACAAGAAGGAGAGGCAGAGGCUGCAGAAGAAAGGCAAGGUCUUCAGGAACCCCUAUAGUUACGGCAGCUGGGAUAACUGGAAGUUGUUCCUGGGUGUGGACAUGCCAAGGCACUGGCUCACCCGUGUCCUGCUGCCCUCUCCUCACCUGCCCCACGGGACGGGCCUGAGCUGGGACCUGCCUCCCUGCAUGACCGAGCAGCGCGCGCCGCUCCUGGCCAUCUGA